AUGCGCACAGAGAAGGCACGAGGCUCCUCCUUCGCCACCCCAGAGCAGAGCGGGGCACCCGGGAGCCGACCGCCCGUCGGUCACGGGCAACUCAAAGGCUCCCCCGUACAAGCCCGACCACGGGAAGGCAUCGCGGGAAGGCGAUCGCUCAACCUCACCCGCAGCACCCCCACCGUUCGAGGCCGCCGCCAAAGCAGAAACACGGCCCUAGGAGCAGGGCCCGGUCCACUCGACUUGGGCAGGAACCGCCACUCCCCCCUCCCCAGGCGGGGCAGCGGGAGCCAGGAACAGGCGGGGACACCACAUCGAUCCGAGGAGAAAUCCCCAAAGACGGGAAAGAGGGCGGGAGGGGACAGCAGCCCAACGAGCCCAAAACGGGCCGAGAGAGGAGAGGACCCAGAGCGGAACGCCACCCGGGGAAAAAAAACCAAGGGCCGACCCCAACGCCACCAAGAGGAGAGAGCGGAAGACGGGGGCCGGGCGGCAACCCGGAGGCGCCGCGCGGCCCGAGGCAACGACCACUUCCCACCAGCCGAGAGGUUCCGGAGAAGGACCGAGACCGGCAGCGGACCGCCUCACAGCACGACAACGGCCCCAAAACCAAAAGCACGGCUUGGCUUUUUCUGCACACCGGCUCGUCUUCCCCAUUCCCAACAACAGCCAGAGCACUUCUCCCCACUAGUCUGCAGGCACAAUCACCCGUUUGUUGACGAAAAAAUUACGUGCCGCACCACCGGGGGAAAUUUGAAAAUCGCGCCAAGCCCAUGGAACUCUGACCCGGAUAGCCCCGGCAAUCUCGACCCCAUCGGACUUCCGGACUGGAGCAGAUCACCGAGAAAACGCAACGCCACCGCGCCAAGCGUCAGUGGGCGUCCGGGGCACGACCCCCACAAGCCCCAGGAAGGAGGGCGACCCGCGGGGAGCCCCGCAAGGGGGCGCUACAGAGUCGCCUCUCGCACAAGGCCGCCAGAGACUAAGUCCCCACUUUCGCCGCCAGAGACUAAGUCCCCACUUUCGCCGCCAGAGACUAAGUCCCCACUUUCGCCGCCAGAGACUAAGUCCCUGCUCUGGUUUUCGCUGCUGCUGCCGCGGCCGGGAGACCCAGGUCUUCAUUCUCACAGUCCGAAUCCCACCCGUCCCUCCACCUUCCGGAAGGACAACGUCUUCGUCUUCUGA